AUGGCUAGCAUAGCAUACAAGUGCAUACGAAGGGUUGUCAACGUUCUGGCGUUUCUUCUGCUGGCAGAGACAGUUGUUGUUGUGGGGUACACAUUCUGGUCGCACACGCUAAGCCGCCUGGAAAUGUACUUCUUCAGCAAUGGAGCGAGCUUUAGCAGCAUUAUUAACUAUCUUGCAAGUUUAACCUUGUUUAUGGCCAUGGUUUCUUCAACCUCUGUAAAUAGCAAAAGCAAGUUCACGAUAAACAUAGGCAUACUGUUUGGACUGUUCUACUUCCUGUUCUCCCUGGGGUGCUUCCUGUACGUAAAGAUGUACUACUCGCCCAAAAUAAUAAGCGCAAUCUUCGGGAUGAACUUCAAGAAGAACAUGGACAUGGGAAGCCUGGCAGCCCUCAUAGGCGCAGACAGCAUGUCCGGAGUAGGGCCUAUGGACGUCAACGACAUGGUGGAAAUUGUAAACAGAGAGCUCUAUGUGGUCAUGCUGAUAUUUACAUGCUCGUACUCGCUCGGAGGGUUUAUAACAAUAUUCAUGGUGCUGUCCAGCAACUGCAAAAUAAGCACUCCGAAGAAGACCCUCAUGGAGAAAGAAGAAGAAAUAAUUACGCAGGAGGUAGGGUUCUCUGGGAUGUCGCUUCGAAAAACGCCAAGCAGCAUCUAUGCAUAG